AUGUCGAGCCUGACGGUGCGGGAUUACCACAUCGGCUGGAUAUGUGCACUGGAAGACGAGAUGGCGGCGGCGAUAGCCAUGUUGGAUGAAGAACACCCGAUGAUGGCGGGACAAGAUAAACAGGACCACAACAGCUAUGUUCUCGGGAAGCUACACCAGCACAACGUAGCGAUCGCGUGUAUGCCGGCAGGGGUGGACGGGCUGGUGUCGGCGGCCACGGUGGCGAAACAUAUGGCGCGCACCUUCCCUGAGCUCCGGGUUGGGCUGAUGGUGGGCAUCGGCGCCGGCAUCCCCAACCUAGCCCGAGGUGUGGACAUCCGGCUCAGGGAUGUGGUGGUGAACAUGCCGGACAAGACAUGGGGCGGUGUGGUGCAGUAUGAUUCCGGCAAGGCGGAAAGUGGCGGAGUGUUCGUGGUGAAAGGAGAGCUCAACCAACCGCCAGACGUUCUGCUGCGCACCCUGUCGCAGGUGCAUGCGCGGCACCGGAUGCGGCCCAGCAAGAUCACCGAGUACAUCAAUGAGGCGGUGGUGAAGAAUUCGAUGCUGGAGGACAAUGGAUUUGUACGGCCAGACGCACCCGACCAGCUGAUAUCUCCCGUCUGCAGCACCUAUGUUGACGACGUGUCCAGCGGGUGCGAAAAGUCUGUGCACUGCUGUGUGACGCAGCUGUGUCAUACUAUCAAGAACUUCAGCAAAUGGCUUGCCCAAACCAUCCAAUUCGUCUUUGGCGAACUUUUCCUGAUUUGA